AUGGCAAGUGCAAAACCAAUACGUUUUAUUGGAAAUUAUGAUUAUUCUUCUGAGGGUAAAUUUUUAUUUGAAAUAUUAUGCCAAUUAAGAAAUAUGGGUUGUGGAAGAAUUGUUACAAAAACUGAAUGGAGUAGAAAAUGGCCUAAUGAACCUAGUUAUAUUAGAAUUGUCAAAGCUCGUCCAGAAAUGGAUCCCUGGCAACAAAGAGGUUCAGUCUUUGGGGAAUGGGUUUUUAGAGGAAAAAAUUUAGGUAUAUAUGAAUUUUCAAAAAAUCUUAAUCGAAGUGAUUGGAAAUUAGUACCAAAAUUAGAAGAAGAAAAAUUAAUAAAUAAUAAAAAUUCAAUGGAAAACAUUGUUUUUCCUAAAACAUUUCCUUUACCACCAUUACAACUUCAUUUAUCAAAAAAAUUUGCUCAAAAAACAGGACAAUCAUUUAAUGAAAAAAAUCUUAGAUCUUCUCUAAAAUUAUCUAUUGAUCCUCAAUUUAAAAUGAUAGAGAAAUUUAUUGAACAAAAAGAUACAAAAAUUGGAAGAAAUAUUUAUGAAGAAUGUGAUAAAGAAAGUAUCUUAAAAUUAUAUGGCGAUAUGUUACCAACAAAAGUUGAAGCAUGGAAUAUUGGUGAAGCUUAUGUUAAACGUCGUUUUACAAUUGAUCCUAAUGUUUAA